AGCCGACGUUAGCAGGCACGGAUUGCAAUUGAUUGUACCGAUAUCACACGUACAUACACGUCCUUCAAAACAUGCCAAGCAACACAACAGCUACAUAGCAGACUGAUUUCUUUGUCAUUGACUGCAACGCACACGUGCAUGCACAAGAAGGCAGCCAGGCGAACAAGACAACAAGACUCACAAGCAGGUAGGCAAGAUGCAAGAACAACGUGCGCACACUCACAUCGUCAUGUGGUCAAUCAUCGUCCAUCACCAUCAGUCACUCAAGGAACGAAAGACUGAAUCACUCACUGAGCCAUCCGCCCCUCCCUCUCCCUCCAUGGCCACCCCCUCUCCAUCCAUCCAUACAUCAUUGAUCCAUGAUGCAUCCGUGUCGGUCAGUCAUAGUGUACAUCGCCUCAAGACAAGUCUGUUGUCCGGGAGCCAGCGACCAGCGCAUCAACAGGCCAACCACUCCACCCCAUCGCCACCCGCCCCAAUCUUUCCUCUCGUCCCCUUUGUUUGCGCCCAAAAGACCGAACAACGAGACCAUCACACCACACCACGUACACCGAUAGAUGGACGGAAGCAAACAAACGAACCAACGGUACAGAUACAUCCAGAUAGAUAUGGAUAUGGAUACGUACACGGCCUGGCCCCCUAUAGAUGACCUUCCAUCCACUCGCCUGCCAGCCAGCUUUCAAUUGGAAUGCCGACUUGACCUGCGGGGAUGGAUGGAUGGAUGGUGCAUAGAUAGAUGUACGUGUGUGUGUGGACAUGCGCAUGGAUGGUGGAAUGGAUUGGAAUGCGGGAGGGAGUGGGGACACGACGACGACGCGCACAGAUGCUCACAGACACACACACACACACACAGCCCAGCCACUUCCUCUCUCUCUCUCUCUGCAUGCAACAGGCACGACCGACCGAUCGAGCGGUAACAGAGUUGGCGACCGACAGAGUGUUGGAGACAGAGGGUGACUAAGGCAGGUAGGUACGCAGUAGGUACGUACGUAAGUCAUUGUCUGAGGGUGGGCGGGUGAGACAGAGGGCACAGCACAGCCAUCCAUAUAUGCGCGAAGUGGGAAAGCGUGGACUGGAGGGACGAGUGUGGGCGUGUGUGUAGAUGGGAUGGGAUGACCAUGUCAUGUGUCGAGGGGAAAAAUGGAAAGACUCUGCGAGCGAGCGACUGAGAACUAAGACAGCUCUGUGAGCAAGCUCAUGCUUUACGCAAGGAAUAGAGAGACGGAAAAGAUACAUAUGUGACCCCUCCCCCCUCCCCUUCCCUCAGCUCCACCUCAGAGCCCUACCUCCACCCUCCCCUCCCUCCCCAGAGACAGACAGACAAAUGCCACCAUUCCAGAUCCUCCCUCCUCCUUCCUUUAUUGCCACCACAGAUAGAGACCAAAACCGCCGACGCGCCACGCGUCAAUCCAGCGAGCCACCCACCCACCAACCACCACACCAGACCACACCAGGCCAGGCCAGGCCAGAACAGAAGAGAACAGACAGUAGAGAGACGAGGGAGGGGAGAGGGAGGAUGGGACGGAGGGAGAGACCAAACAGCAGACGCCGCCCGCACACGACACACAUGACGCACACACCUGUGCUUCAUCUAUGCGGUAUGAGCUGAUCCAGCAACCUGGACAUCCAUGCCAUGGAUGGGCGUGCGCACAUGUGUCAUGACGCGGCCGCGCGCGACAGACAGACAGGAGAAAAAUGGAGGGCAGUGAGAUAGAUAGAGGGUGGGUACAGCGAAGCGAAGCGAGUCAAGUGGAGUGUAGAAGCGGGAGGGAGACAAAUCAAGGCGAAGGCCAGGCCAGGUAAGGCAGAUGAAGUUUGAGGUGGAUGGAUGGAUGGAUCGUAUGUAAGCAAGGAUCACCCACGGCACGGCACGGCACGCUAUAGAUAAAUACAUGACAUGUAUAUGUAUGUGUAUAUGUGUACAUGCAUGUGUGUACGAACGAAUGCACUCACUCCCACCCCAUCAGACACAGACAGACGAGAGACAGACAGAGAAACACCCGACGUGAAUGAAAGUGGAAGAGUGUGUGGUAAAGACUUGAAGUCGAAGAAGUGGUAAUCUCUGCCCCUCCCCAUCCAUCCGCCAGACAGAGAGCUCCCCCAGAUCAGACCGUCAGUCCAGAUUAGUCAAGUGUCCCCGUGCGAUAAGUUAGCUGAGCUGCUCCCCGCCAUUCCUUCAAAACCUUCACAGCCUCACAGCCCACCACACCGACCAGCCCCCUUCCGUCACGCAGCAUUAGACCUUCCUUCAUUCGUAUGUGCACCUACAUCGCCACUCAUUGCUGCCACUGCUCUGUGGAACAUGCAUGCCCAUCCUCUGCAGGAGGCAGCACCUGCUCUAUAUCAAGACGAGAUGCAUCCUCAAGCAGCAGACAGACACGCGCGCACCAGCAGCCGCGACCAGCAACGUCGAGGGCGCAUCCAGACCGAUUCGUGCACGCGUCGUUGAAAGCAGUAUCCCUCGCAGAAGAGAUAUAGAGACAGCCAGCCCUCCAAAACUGCCGACAUGCUCGCUGCUCCCUCCCAGCUACGUAGCACAAAACCUGACUGAGCCAAACACACACACACAUGCAUACAAGACAGCACACGACACGACAAGACACGACACGACAAGGCACCACACGACACGCAGGAAGAGAUGGAUGAUGCUUGAGAGCGAGAUGAUAAGAGUCGACUGAGCGGGAGAGCGCAGAGGAGAGCAGAGCAGCACCAGAGCACGGGCAUUUACGGGAGGACACACUCAGCGACCGACAACCUCUCAUUCCGACACACAAAGACGCGCAUCGACAUCAGUUCUUCUUCUUCCUUCCAGCGGCCCUUUGAAAGCCAGCCAGCGUUAAGACACACACGAAGACCACCAUUACACGACCGGCCAAGGCACACACGCCCCCCUCCCUCUCUCCCUCCCUCCGUCCCUCCCAGACAGUGGUACAAAUACUUGAGUAUGCACCCACCACCACGCACUCGGGGGCGUGGCCCAUGAUUCACUCACCAUGCACACAAUGAGGGAGGAAGACUCCACGUCUUGUCAGUCAGGGGAACGGGGUGGCCGCUAGAGAACCGACAACAUCGUGUGUGAGAGCCACAGAGUCUCACAACCACGGAGUCAGUCAGACAAGUAAGUAGCCAGCCGGAAAAUUGAUGCAGCACCUCACACCACACACCACACACAAGACACAACACCACACGCAGGGCAGCCAGGCGACCACACACAUCCAUCCACACCUCACACACAUACAGACGGUGCCUGCCUUCAAAACUGCCAGUGCUCCCCCCCGCAGAACACACCGCAACCACACACUGCACCACUUAUUCAUGCCAUGCCUUCGCUUUCACGCACUCAGUCGACCAUUCGCAACGUUGUCUGCUUCGCAUCGUGUGCCGUGUGUGUGUAACGCCGCUCCCGCCCCUCCACAGCCGAAAAAUAAGUGCGUCCAGGUAGCUAGCUGUGGAAGAGCGAGCAGGUGCCAAUCAGUCAGUCAGUCAGACGGUGGGGCACGCCGGCGGCGACAAAACUGCAGGCCGCACACAGAGUGGGCGGCCGCAGAGGGGCAAGAGACAUGGCAGUGAGAGCGAGAAAAAAAAAGCGUCGACACGCAGACACCUGUUAGGCAUGGUGUGCACACACGAGACAGGAUGCACCCUGUGGUCCAGGACGGCUGGGACCUCAUUCACCCAACUUCCGCCCUCUCUCUCUCUCUGUGGCGCGUUGUGUGGCCUGGCUUGAAAGCUCAGCCGUCCAUCGAGGGGGCCACACAUGUCAAGAAACACCGAUCGGCCCAAAUGCACACAGCAACACACUAGCCAGUCAGCUGCCCACCAGGUGUACUUGAUGGACGACGAGCGGCUCAUCUCAUCUCUCUUCGUCACCUGAGCGGACUGCCAGGGCGUCAGACCAGCACUCGUAGUGAGUGGCCUAGCGCACCGCUCAUACGACGAACAGGAGACAAAGCGCAGCCACCACCACAGGAUGCAUGGCAUGGUGAAUGUAUGGGAUCCCAACCAGCCCAGUGCCCCAUGCAUGUGGUGAAUUGCGGUGCGGUGCAGUGUGGUGCGGUGUUGCAGACUCACUCGGACACACUGACUGGGCUGCAGGCAGGCAGGCAGGCAGCCAGGGAUAUACAAAGGCUAUCUUUACACACAACAUAGUACUCUUACUUACUUAGAUACUUACGUACUUACCACUCACUCACUCAGUAGUCAGUCACACUCAGUGCCCUCCGUGACUCCCUCUCUCGUGUCGGUUAAAUCUAUCUUUCUCUUGUCCCUCCCUCCCUCCCUCCCUCUCUCUGCGGGCUCUCAGGUCUUCUCAAGUGCGCGGCCUGCCUACCGGUUUACACCAACACGUACGCACAUCGGUGAGCGGGUCAGUCAGUGACUGGGUGAGGUGAGGUGACAUGGCGGCGGCUCGGGUCGGCUCGCCGCUGUUUGAAAAAAGCGCUACACGCAUCCAUUCGUUCCUUUCCUCAGUCCAUAACGCUGUCUGUCUUGCUGUCUGUCUCUCUCUCUGCGUUGCCGCCACAAAUAAGAGUGAGUGAGUCAUACAUAAGCCAGUUAGUUCGUCAUCAAGGUUAAAAAGAAAGAGGCGCGUGAGGCGAUGAAUGGGAGUGUGCGCACCAGUGAGUAAGUCAGUCAGUCUCUGAUCGGUUGGUGCACUGUGCAAUCAGUCAGUUUGUCGUGAAUCGGUCGGUCGGUCGGUCUGCCAGCCAAAAUUGCCCCAGACGCACGCACGAACACACUCACACGAACGAACGCACACACAACACAGCCGUCUCUCUGCUGAGCACACCACGCACUCAUCAUCCACACACGCGCGCACUCCCCACCAUCUCAGCUCGUUCGUCAAGUCAGCACCAAAACUGCUUGUACGUGUGUGCCUGCCUGGGUGUGUGUGUAUCUGGCUGUGUCAACGUGCAGCCGCGCUUGCCUCGACAAGAAAAUUGGACGACAGAGAGCACAGCCGGCCGGACCAAGCCAAGCCAGGCCAGGCGGGAGAAAAGGGGCGGUCAUGAGACGAACGGACAAAGCAGUCAGACAGUCAGUCAGUCAGUCCAACCUUCCAGCGAGGCAGCCCCUUCCAGCCAGGCAGUCAUCAAGCAAGGAGGGCACACAGGGCCACCCACCCGGCACCGGGGCUUCUGCCGGCGCUUCAUGCAUUUAUUCACGCGUCACGUACGCUAGGCAUGUAUGUAUGUAUGGUACACACACACACAUGGAUUCAACCUGUCAGCACCAAGCAGCCAGCAAGCCAGGGAGGGUAGCAGACUUAGUGGGCGGGCGACCAAGCCACACUCACACACACGAUCAGUCAGUCGGUCAGUCAGCGACGCUGUGCUCUCUCUCUUUCUCUCUUUCUCUCUCUCUCUCUCUCUUUCUCUCUCUACUAGCGUAACAGAGACCGUACAGAGGCCUCCCAGCAAGAAAUAACUUGUCGGGCCAUGUCAGCUGAUCCAUGUAUGGUAUAGAAUCGAGUAGGUAGACAGGACAUGACGUGACGAAUGUAUGUAUGCCGCCGCCGAGUGAGUCCUCAGUGAGCAGGCACAGCAUAGCAUAGCAUAGCAGCCAGCCAGACAGCCAGUAGUGAGCACCACCCAGGGAUGUCAACAAAAGGGCCGGGUGGAAUCGGCCAACGCUCUGUUGUUCAUCGAUCGCGGUGGAGUCGGCACCGAAAACAUCCCGUUGGUCGGCCCAGCCGCAUCCAUCCAUGUGUGUGCAAGCAAGUACGUACGUGUCCGGCAGACCAAAGGCAAAAAGACACACACACAUACACAGACAGACAGACAUGAGAGCGGUCAGGCAGACAGAGAUAAAGCCUAAAACGAUGGACCCCCGGACGGUCCACGCACCUGUGUAUGACAGGCGGCGCAGUCAUGCAUAUGUAUGCAUAUGCAUGGCAUGGAUGGCAUCCAUGUAAUGUGCGCAUGUACCCACGUACGUAUUCCCAGCCGCAUCAAGGGACACCCACACACAUACAGACACACAUACACACACACCGAGACAGGCAGGCAGGCCAUGCAGUGGCAUGAAAUGGCGUGGCGUGUUCGGGAGGGUGGGGAGGGAAGGGAAAACUAGGCAAGCCAAGCAGACUAGAGGACGGGACACCGAGCCACCCACCCCGCCAGCCGCGCACACAAACAUACAACAGCAUACAACCGACAACCGACAACAAUCAAGUAAUAACGACCAAAAAGUCCGAAGGAAGACUCACCUCACUCGACUGCACCGGAUAGGCAGACAGGCAGGCAGGCCUCUUGCCGUGCAUGUGCAUCAGUCACGCGCCAUGUGCCCCCACGCCCUCCCUGCCCCUCCCCUCCCCUGCCGUUCCUCCUCCCAGGCAACACCGUAUUCGAGAGAGUGAGUACUCAUCAUUCUUCUGUCAUUGAUAUCAUGGGUGGGUAGAUGGCCGGAUGGACCGAUUAAUUAGCACGGUAGGUAUGCAACGCAUCAUUCACAGCAGAGGGAGGGAGGGAGGGAGAGGCGGCCAUCGAAGGAGUGAGCUUGGCUCAAAGGGGAAGAAUCGACAGGGCGGGGAGAGGAGAGAUGGGGGAAAAGAGCGCGGGCACGACAGCACAGCACAGCACAGAGGGCUCUCUUUGUUUGUCUCAGUGGAACGAACGAAUCGAAUUAGCACCACCUGCCUCUGCCUGCCUGGCAGACUGACUGACUGGCUCAACCGCGCGUAGAAGAAUACGUACGUUGGUACGUAUGGCAGUAUGGGAGGGAGGGAGUCACUCACUUCGGACAAACAGAUGCACAAGCAAGAAAGCAACAACAAGCGACAACAGGCAACAGACACCCAUUCAUCAACACGACAGCAAGAGAUGCCAACACGGAUACACUCAUUACAGACAUAUCGACACACACGGCAUGAGACGAGACGAGACAGACACACUUGACAAAAUGCGACGGCGAGGAAGGAAAAGUGAGUACGCGACAACCAGGAAAGGCAGUGAGUUAAGUGGUGAAUGGGUGGAUGACGACUCGGGAAAACAGGCAGGCUUGCAUCGUGCCGUCAUCAAGCGAGCGAAAGAGGUGUGCCAUGAUGGAUGGCUCAUGGGUGGCAAAACUGCAGCAGCCGGGCGCAUACCUAUCUAAGCACGCACUCAUCGAUCAUCCUCUUCAUGCCUCCUGCAUGCCAUCCUCUGUCACAUCCACGGCAAAACACUGAGUAAAGGAAAAAUGGUAAAGGAGCGGGCCGCGUGGUGCUCACUCUCGCUCUCCCUCUCGUCUCUGGUGCUCGUGUGCAUGUCUGAUUCGUAUACGCAAGUCCGCCCAAUCCAUCCAUCCACACUGUGUGCUCACGUCAGCCGGCACCCUCCCCUGUCUGCGCGCCGGCCCAUCCCAAUCUGUGGGAGGCGGCACACAGCCAAGGAGGGAGGCGCACACGCCUAUAGGCAGGCAGUCAGGCAGUCAGGCAUCUAGGUAGGCAACGGACAAAAAUAAUAACGGUGCGCCCCAUGUCAUGCCGUGCCAUGCAAUGAAAUGUAGUGUAAUGCAAUGAAAUGCAAAGCAAUGGUGUCGGACAUUAGUUGAACCCUCGACAACAAUCAAAGACAGCCAGUCUGGGUGAGUGAGUGAGUGAGAGAGUGAUAUGGCGCGUCGGCCUGCCAUCGACAUGGUGUCUGUGCUGUGGUGGUGCGUCGGGUUCGCCCACUCCAGUAGCGGAGGAGCAGCGCACCACCGCAGCACAGCAAGGCAGUACUUACGGCUGGUCGGUCAGUCACUGUGCUUCGCCCACCCACCCCCUGUAUGUGUGUAAGUAUCCAAUCCAUCCAUCCAUCCAUCCACCCAGUCAGCCAAUCAGGCAGGCAGGCAGGCAGGAAGGGAAGGAUGCAUCAACAAAUGAAGAAAAGACGUCGGCGUCUGUGUGUCUCUGUGAGUGUCUGUGUGAGUGUGUGUGUGGAUGUGUGUGGAUGCGUGUGGGUGCAGGCAGGUACAGGACAGAUCGGAGGGCACAGCGAAGAGUCAGUGAGCAUUAGCAGGCACUCACGCACACACACACACACACUUACAAGCAGCCUGAGAGGAAGACAGUAAGCAGAAACAAGUUUCGUUCGUUCGUCCGAGUCAGUCAGUCAGUCAGUCCGUCAGUCGAGCCAAAUAUGACGCCAAAAAGCUCAUUCGAGAGGGACACCCAGGCGACAGACAGAGAGAUCGAGACAGAGGGCGGAUAUACAAGUGGACAGGUGGUGCAGAGAGGGACAGAGCUUAUGAAGGUCUCCACAGCGAUACGAUAGAGCGAUAUAAACACACACUUACACACACACACACACACACACACACACAGAGUCAGGCAGAGAGUUCUCUUUCCUUCCCGUUCGUUCCUUGCUGAUUCAUCCAUCCGUCCAUCCGUCAAUCGGGUCGACACUAGGCAGCCAGACACACACACGAGAGGCCACAGACAGAGGCGAGCCAGCCAGCCAGCCUGCCUGCCAUCUUUGCUUUCUCUCUUUCUUCCUCCCGGUAGCUAUGUUACAGCUCACCACACGUACGUCACUCACUCAACGAUCGACCAACCCACUACGCACACGCUCACGGCCACGCGCACGACGACACGACAUGACACAUCCAGGCUCAGCGCAACGGCAGACACAUCGGCGGCACUGACCAAGGACGGUCGCACGUAUGCAGGUGUAUGUGUAUGUAUGUAUGCAUGUCUGUGUCCCUGUUUCCUCUUUCCUGUGUCUCUAGUGAGACGGCCAGCAGCAUUGAAACGGCCAUACCAUGACCAUCACCGUCACCAGCAGGCAGACAGGCAGAAUAGCUGAGGUGAGAUGAGGGGAGAUGAGAUGAGAUGAGAUGGCUGCCCGACGGAAGAUAACCGCGACCACACAUCCCUCUCUCCGCAAACAAGACGUAUUCAUUCAGUCAUGCAGGCAGCCACCCCUCCCCCAUUCAGUCAGUCAGGCAGUCAGUCCCAGUGAGUGAACGAGUCGAAUCGACUCUCCUGCAUCGGUCGAAUCCGAUCUGCAUCCGUCCGUCCGUCCCUCUUCUACGGGCGGCAGGCAUCGUGUAGAUGGCUGGAUGAAUGGAUGGAUAGAUGGAUAGAUGGAUGGGCAUGCUCUCAUCAUCCAACAGGCCACAAAGAGCAUUAUAACAGCCAGCCAGGCAGCCAGGCAGACAGACGGACAGACAUCAGCCAGUGGAGCGGAGGAGUGGAGGGAAAACAGGACAUAGGCAGGCAGGCAGUCAGUCAGGCAGUCAGGGAAACGGCAUGGAAAAUUCCCGGAUAACAUCACUACAAUCAAUCAUUCAACCAGACAGACACUCAGACGAGACGACACAGGUGCAGACCCUCCUCCCCUCCCUCCCUCCCUCCCUCCGCCCUCUCACACACACCACUCAGUCAGUCCUAACGCACCACAAAGUGAAUGCAAUGCUACCAUCCCAUCUGGCCCGGCCCCCUCCAUCCGUCCACCGAUCCAUCUGCCUCAUGCGCCCCCUCGGCCCACGGGCAGUUGGCUCCUGCGAGACGACGACACCUCCCCAAACGAAGAAAACCAGCUCCGGAGGGACAUCCGCAGCCGGGGCGCGCUAUUAGCCCCGGCCGCCUGCCCAUCCUCGCCACACGCGCCACUCUCCCGCUCAGUGUCGCGGCGCUCUAUCGGCUCGUCACACUCGGGGAUGCUCGGCAGCACCGUCAGUGCCUGUGAGCGGCACCGCGCCCCUCGUGUACCGCCCUUGGCCCGCCUCCCGCCACCAUAGCUGCGCGGCAGCACCGACGGCCGCGUGUUGGUGUAGUGGUAGGUGGAGUAGAGGACAGCGGCAUGGCGAGCUUCAGCCGCCGACUGGAGGUCCGGCAGCGAGGAGCGACGGUGGGUGUGGGGCUGCAUGAGAGGGUGGAAAGUGGUGCUGGUGGUCCGGGCGCCGGGAGGGGGGAACGACUGGUUGACAGACGGCAGCGACCGCGACCGCUGCACGGGCAUGGUGGGCGCGUGCUGCUGCUGCUGCGGUUGUGUGUCAGUGUGGUGGUCGUCGAAUGCCUCAUCCUCCUCUGGCGUCCACCAGGGGUCGAUGUCGUCAUCAUUGCCGGAGCUCAGGGGGUCGCUCGAUGGCGUGUGGGGCGACUCGUCGCCCUCAUUGUCACAGAGGCCGUCAUCGUCGGGAAGGCAUGACAGGCCGCUGCCGUAGAGAUGAGGACUGUCGCUCAUCGACCGCCAAAGGACCCGGGCCCCCUCUGCCGCCUCGCCGUCAUCCUCUGGUCCGUCGGGCGACACGCCGAGGGGCUCCAGCGGGACAGCUGGGGUGGUGCCGUCACUCCUCACGUUGUCUGUCUGAGGAGCGGCCUCCCGCUCCCCUUUCUCCCUCUCCUGCCUCUCCGGUAGACUGUUGCCGUCGGCGGUGUUCUGCUGUGGCCUCAUCCACGCCUCCAGGAACUGGGCCAUGCCCCUCACCUCACCCUCCUGGCCGCCCUGCUCCUGCCCCAGCCGGCGCUGCGAGAGCUUGAGGCUGAGCAGACUGGUGGGCGGCUUCUCCGGCAACGAAUGACACAUAGGAAAGGUUGCGCUGGUCGACGCCUCGUCCAGCCCGAGGGCGAGGGGAGGGAGGGCGAAGGAGCCGCACGCCGCCAGGCCCUGUGGGGGCAUCUCCGCCUUGGCCACAGGGUAGGACGCCGGCUGUGCGAGGCAGCCGCGCGAGAGUGCGGCGAAGAUGGUGCGGGGUGGGAAUGGCGGCGAGUCGUCGCUGGACGUGGAGCACGACUCGGCGCACGACAGUGGCGACGGGGUGGCGACCAUCCGGCACAUGGAUGGGGGCGAGGCCGGGAUGGGCUCCGUUAAAACCUUGAGUGUCUUGCGCAGCUGCUUCUGCCCAUCCGCCACGGCACGGCGACCCUCGGGCGACAGCAACCCACUCCGCAGAGUGUCCUGAAAUGCACAUACAUACACAUUGCACACGUGAUCGAUGCACCGCACCCAACCAAGUGUGUGGUCUGACUCGCCGGUCACUCACUCACUCACCUCGAGGGCCUCGAUGUUCUGCCUGAGUUGUGUUUGCGAGUGGCAUGCAAUCGGGAUGUUGAGGAAAAAAGGAAUCGCACCUUCCACGAGGUAGCGUUCCUGCAGCGCCCUGUCCUUCUCCUCCACCAUACUCACCCCCACUCCCAUCCCCACACCACUGAUGCCCUGAGCGAUAUCCAAAACUUCAGCAGUGACCGACGCCACCAGCACCUCCAGCGCGGCACCCACAGGCCCCUCACACAGCCGGCCGCCCGGCGGCGACAAUGGCUCCUCGUCACUGCCAUUGGUAAUGCUAGACAGGGCGGCUCGCGAGAGCGGAGAAACGGCGGGGCAUGUGGGGGCUGGUGGGGAAAACGAAGCGGACGGGAAGGAUGUGGCGAGUGAGGAUGGGGUGGAGGCAGACGUGGAGAAGGACGACGGGGAAGGGCAAGCCGUCAGCGAUGGCGACGCCUUGGGGUUGAGCGACGGCCCCACCGAGUCGGGGGACGACGCGUGCACCGUCCGCUGGGACAGGGGCGAGUCCGGCCACAACAUCUGACACACAUAUGACACACACGUCAACAGCACGUAAUGGGGAUCAGUUGUGUGUGAGUGUGUGUGUCCCUGGCCCACUCAUUCCCUGCCUCUCGGCUCACCAGUUUGGAGCAUGUGGAAUCGACGGGCGACUCCAUGGCACAUGCGCAUGACGGCCCACAGAGGCACUGGCCGACACACCGGCCGCAGCACCCGCUCUGUGGCCGCAGAUACACCUUGAGCAAAAGAACCAGGCACGCCAGCUUCAGCUUUCGCGGAAUCUGAUUGAACCAUCAAGCAAAGCAAUCCAUCAACACGAGCCGUAUGAAUGAAUGCAUGGCUCAUACGUCAGAUGCCGCUCCGUCCCAUUGCCACUAACUGACCUGUUUACGCCUCUCUUGCUCGAGGUGCGCAUGUACGGUCACGAGUUUGGCCAGCCCUGGGCCCGUGAGGAGCCUCUGCACGUCCUCUAGGCAGCCCUUGGCUCCCACACACAGACUCGACAACAGCGACAUGAUCGUCGCAUGAUACGAAUACGCCUGGACAGGACAGGACAGGACAGGACAGGCAAGGCACACAACACAGACAGGACAGGACAGGCAGAGGAGAGAGGCAACGCAACACGUCCGUCGAGGCCAUGCCGGCAGUGAGACACACAUGCAUUUGCACAUGUCCGCUCAUGUGAGCGCGUGAGACAUGUGUCUGUGCACCCACCAGGUCGAGAUGUCUUGCGUCCAGCUGGCUCCACCAGUCAGCGUCCCCCAGCGACUCGAGCAGCUCCCCCCUGGCAGGCAUGAGCGCCUCCAAGACGGCCUUGUUAAAAUGCCGACAUCCCCUGGCGCGAUGCCCAGCAGCAGGGGAGCCACUCGUCAUGGACCGGAGGUGCCGCAACAGCUUCGUGCGCCCUUUGAGGGACGACCGCACCAGCUCCCCCACCACCUCAUCCGCCUGAUCCGCCCGGGCCUCAUCAGGGACCCUCUCAGCGCUCAGUGAGCUCCUCAUGGCGGGGGUGGCGAUGUGCUCCGAGUGCGGGAAGCGCCACUCGCCGUGAGGCUGCCGCCUUCCCCUCGACGGGUGCGGCAGAGUCCGGAAGAUGUGGAUCUAAGCAACGCCCUCCCUGUGGCAUAGACGUCGUCGGAGGAGUCGGGAGCGGGCCUGUCGCUGUCG